AAUCCCAGCCACACCCAGUCUCCUCUCUGUUGAAGAAGAAGAAAACAGGGAGAGAGUAGACUCUCAUGUCAAGUCAUAAGAAGGAGGAGGAAGGAGAUCCAAAUCCCAGCCACAAUCAGUCUUCUCUCUGUUGAAGAAGAAAGAAAACAGGAAGAGAGAAGACUCUCAUGUCAAGUUAGAAGAAGGAGGAGGAGGAAGGAGAUCCGAUCAAGGCCGUCGAUGCCAGCGAGGGGAAAGCCGGUGAUGGCGGCGAUGGGAAGGUCUGCCAUGGACGCCAGUGAUAGAUCCGACGACUUAGGAAGAAGGAAGGAGAAAGAUGUGAACAUCGAUGGCGGCGAUGAAAGAGCUCCUGUGUUUUCUCUCUCGCUGGAAGAUAGUGAAGAAGAAGGAGCGGAGGAGGAGGAGGAGGAGGAGGAGGAGAAGGAGAAGCGUCAAGAAGAGGAACAAGUCGAGGAGAAGGAAGGAAGAGGGACAUAUGCUUCUCUCUUAAUAAGUUACUUUUCAAUACUUUUUGGGUCCAACAGCUGUGUUUUGGCAGCAUAA